AACUUUACACAAGUAACCGCCGCCGUUAGACAUUUUCUCCGGCCGGCGCUGGACUUUUCGGCGUCGGUCGGGUUCCUUUCUAUUUAUUUAGUUUUGUUCUACUUUCUGUCUCUGUUUCUUUCGAUGGGCGACACUUUCUUCCACCGGUAUCUCUUCCGAUCUAUGGUUUUCCUUCGGAUGGUGACUUUAUCCGUGUUCGUGCUUACACCGGCGACAAACAUUCACCACUUUCAUGUCAAGUGGAUAUCAGAUCCGAAGGCAGAAGCGAACCCGUCUCAUGGGACGGUAAUACCUCUGGUCGAUGAAAAAGGAACCGUUUUGCGGGAGUCUCAAGUCUAUAUACCAUGUCUCAUCCGGUCCUCCGUGGUGAAGGUCUUUUCCGGCGAAGUCGCCGAGGCAUAUCCGAUUCGGUGGAAAAUCGCUUCGAUCUAUGCUCUCUUUCGUUUAUAUGGGACGCCAUUCCAGAUGUGGCCAUCACUUGUUCAAACAGCAAAAGAAGGAGGCUGCAAUGCAAUCGAGUCCUAUGUGUUUUGGAAUGGCCACGAGCCAUCUCCUGGAAAGUAUUAUUUUGGUGGCCGGUAUAAUAUAGUGAAGUUCAUCAAGAUUGUUCAGCAAGCUGGAAUGCAUAUGAUUCUACGAAUUGGUCCCUUUGUUGCGGCGGAGUGGAAUUACGGGGGAGUCCCGGUUUGGCUGCAUUACGUGCCUGGAACAGUCUUCAGGGCGGAUAAUGAGCUAUGGAAGCAUUACAUGGAGAGUUUCACGACGUAUAUAGUAAACCUGUUGAAAAAAGAGAAGCUUUUCGCACCACAGGGCGGUCCAAUAAUCUUGUCUCAGGUGGAAAACGAGUACGGAGUUGAUUUUAACCUUUCACCUACUAACAAUGAACUCCAUUCUUUUGAUUUGAAUAUCAUUCCAGGAAUUAGUGAAGAUAAUGAUUCUGAAUAUGGAGGUCUGAGAAACGAAGGUGCCUCUGUUUUUGCGGCGGAGGAACCAAAUCCCGAAAGUGAAGAUCUAGAUGUAAAUGUUGAAGAAGACCAUGAUACGGAAGACCCUUUUGUUGGAGAAGAAGGUCAAAACGAGAAUGGAGGCAAUCCAAAUCAAUUCAAUGGAGAUCAAGGCUCUACAAGUAAAAAAAACUGCACUAAUCGUCAAAGAUGGGAAGUAUAUAUUGCUUUGCUUGGAAGGAGUGUUAGAGGGAAAUUAGGUAAAACAGCUAUUAAAGAAGUAGCGACUUUGCAUUCUAUGCAUAUUAGAACGGUUCAGCGAAUUUGGAAACGAGCUAAGGAUACUCCACCUGGUGCAAUGGUUGAUGUUUCUCAACGAAGGAAGAACAGAUGUGGUCGCAAAAGGAUGCAGAUAGACCUCCAACGUGUUUUGGACACUCCUCUACAUAAGAGGACAACUCUGAGAACGAUGGCUGAAGCUAUAGGAAUUAGUCACUCAACUCUGUAUAAGAAUGUGAAAGAAGGUUUAAUGAGGCGGCAUUCUAAUGCUCUCAAACCACAUCUGAAAGAAGAGAACAAAGUGGCAAGGCUAAGGUUUUGUAUGACUAUGUUGGACCCUGCAAGUUUGAGUCAUGAACCACAGUUUAUUGAUAUGUACAACAUUGUACAUAUUGAUGAAAAGUGGUUCUAUAUGACCAAGAGAACCGAGAACUAUUACCUCCUACCUGAAGAAGAUGAUCCUUUAAGGACAUGUCAAAGCAAGAAUUUUAUUGGGAAAGUCAUGGUGCUGGUUGCAAUGGCUAGGCCAAGGUUCAAUGCUGAAGGAGUUGAAACUUUCUCUGGAAAGAUAGGUGUGUUUCCUUUCGUCACAGUUCAGCCUGCACAAAGGAGGAGUAGAAAUAGAGAAGCUGGAACACUGGAGAUCAAACCAGUUACCUCAGUCAAGAGAGAGCAUGUAAGAAAAAUGUUGCUGGAAGAUGUUAUACCUAAGAUUCGUGAGAAGUGGCCUCUUGAAGAUGAUGGAAAAAUAAUCUACAUUCAACAGGAUAAUGCUAGAACUCAUGUGGCUCCUACUGAUACAGAUUUUCAAGAACAGGCUUCGCAGAACGGAUUUGAUAUCAGACUGAUGUGUCAACCUCCUAAUUCACCGGAUAUGAAUGUUUUGGACCUUGGUUUCUUUAGUGCAAUACAAGCACUACAACAUAAGGUUUGUCCUAAAAGCAUUGAACAGCUUAUAGAUGCAGUCAAAACAGCUUUUGAAGAGUAUCCAGCUAGGAAGAUAAACCACAUCUUCUUAACUUUGCAACUCUGCAUGCAAGAGACAAUGAGGAUUGGAGGAUCUAAUAAUUACAAGAUUCCACACAUAAAGAAAGAAGCCCUGGAACGUGAGGGUCUGCUUCCGAGACAAAUCAAAUGUGAUCUUACCAUUGUAAACAAUGUGUUAAAUCAAUUAAGAGAUUAAGGUUAGCUAUAGGUUUUGUAGCUAUUUCAGUAUUUUCUCUCUUUAGUCAAAACUCACUUGUGUUUAAUCCUAGUUACUAAAGCAUUGAGUUGUUU